AUGGCUUUUGAUGGAGAGAUACGAAUUGCUGUAAUGAACGACAUUCACAAUAGUAUGGAGUUUAUAGCUCGGUUUCUUCAAUAUUGGGCACUCAAGAAGAUAGAAGUCGACUAUUUGAUAGUCUGUGGUGACAUCUGUGAUGUACGUGGUGUGGACCAAUCCGAUCCACAAAUUGUCCAAGACAAGAUCGACGUCGGUAAACGGAUCAUUGCGGAACUUGAAAAAGCGUGUCCGACUGUUCUUUAUGUACCCGGCAAUCAUGACCCAACCACACUCUUUCAUAAUUCCAUGACACACUCCGUACAACUUUCUGAGAACUCCGUUAACCUCCACAGGUGUGUCUAUCACCUUGCCGAAAAUCUGGUCGUCGUCGGUUGUGGAGGGUCAAUCCCACAGUACGAUAAACACAUUUGUCACAAAGAAGGAUACCCCUUUGAAAAUGACGAACAGUUCAAAAAGCAGUUGGAUGAGAUCAUGCCCGACGACGGUGAGAUCCCAACAACUAAGAUGACUGAUUCAAUCAUAGUCGUGACUCAUUGUGGACCAAGCUGCUCUCAUACAGCUCUCAAAUUCUCUCACAAAAAAUCUAUGCUUCAGACCGGCAGCCCCAGCCUCUCUUCAAAAGUCGAAAACUCAAUUUAUAGAAAACGACUCACCUGUGUAUUACACGGACACACUCACAAUUCUCGGGGACUUGUAAAUCAUGAGAUGGUACCAAUCAUCAAUGCAGGUUCUAUUAAAGUUAACCAAUACUUCGUUACCUUGUCUUUAAGAGAAAUCAAAGGCAACUGGAAGAUCACAGACACAAGCUUUCACUGUUUUGGGUAUUUCUAA